ACGGGAGAUAGGAACCAGACCGAAAGGCAUCCACCAUGGUCAAGAACGUGCGUAUCACCUACCGCCGCCGUCACUCGUACGCGACCAAGUCUAACGCCAUCAAGGCUGUCAAGACCCCUGGUGGCAAGCUUGUCGCCCAGUACAUCAAGAAGCGUGCUGCUGGCCCCAAGUGCGGUGACUGCAAGCAGACGCUUAAGGGCAUCAAGCACCUGCAGUCGAAGGAGAACAAGAACGUGAGCAAGACGCAGCGCACUGUGUCGCGCGCCUACGGCGGCUCGCGUUGCGCUCUGUGCGUGCGUCAGCGUAUCGUCCGCGCUUUCCUGAUUGAGGAGCAGAAGAUCGUUAAGAAGGUGCUCAUGGAGAAGCUCAAGAAGAGCAAGUCGGCUUAAGCGUCUCUUUGAUUUCUAUCGAGGAGGGUCUUGUCCGAGGUCCUUUCUUCCCGUGUGGCUCGGUUCUAGCUUAAUGCAAGUUUCAUCGCCACGACCCGUUCAACUUGCGUCAUCAGCAUUGGUCUUGUUAUAUUUGUUGCU